UCUGACAGGAUCAUAACUGGGAGAAACAAGAACCAAAGGUCUUAUCGACACAUCAUUGCAAGCAAGCCCUCUGCCAAUCUCACCAGUCAUGGGUGGGCUAACAGGGUGGCUCCUAUUACUGUGCCUUGUCUGCUCGUGCAAAGCCAAUUUCAGUCCUUCAAUUGACCAAAAGGUUUUUGAAAUCUGUGAGGACAUUCUUGUCGGUUCCGUUGCUUUUACUAUAUUAGCAUCCGAUCCAGAAGGAGAUACCCUGACUUACACACUGACUGGGCCCAAUGCUGGACUCUUCCGAGUUAAUUCAGCAAAUGGGGAGGUGACUGUGAAUUCUGCCCUUGAUAGAGAGACCAGCGUCACAAUGGCACUCGGUGUUUAUGUUUCAGAUGGUCCCAAUACUACACCAGGAACAUUAACUUUAAUAUUACUGGAUGCCAAUGACAACAGUCCUGUAUUUGAAAAUCUUUCUUUUGACAUGACAGUGAAAGAAAAUACGGCUGUAGGAGCGUCAUUGUUUAAAUUCACAGCAACUGAUCGUGAUGAAGCCGAUGCUGGUGUGGUUAGAUACUCAAUCACUGAGAUAAUACCGACGCAAGGAUCUGAUGUGUUUGAGAUCAAUGGUGUUUCUGGUGAACUGACGUUAAAGGGCCAGCUUAAUUACAACACACUGAGCACUUUUUAUCGGCUCAGGGUUCAAGCAAGUGAUCUUGGAGGCACUUGUAGUCGGGAUAAGGUUGUCCAGUCAACCAGCAUUUUCUCCUUUGUGACGGUUGAGGACGUCCCAGACCUCGACCCCGUUUUCAUCGGUGGUCCAUAUGUAGGAAGCGUUGAAGAGAAUUCUCCUGCAGACACGUCUGUGUUACGAGUGACCGCCCUCGAUGAGGACAAGGGAAUCAAUGACAAUAUCAUCUACACCAUUGAAGCUUCCUCGGCUGAUGGCUUGUUGAAAAUCUCAGAGAAUGACGGCAUCAUAUCUGUGUCAUCGGGAAUUGACAGAGAAGUUACUGGUGACAAAGUAACUCUGACCGUGAAGGGCACCGAGUCUAAACCGAACGUCAACGGACAACCUGCCACUGCGACAGCAACCGUCGAGAUCAACAUCGGCGACGUCAAUGACAACCCCCCUCAAUUUUACAAAUGCGAAGGCUCCUGUGUGCUAGAAACUCAAUUCACAGGCGACGUCUUUGAACACUCAUUGGGGGCAAUUUCCAUUGGCAUGACAGUCAAAGAUCUAGACAAGUUUGUGCAAACCGAGCUAACGUUGGAAGGAGAGGAUAAAGACGUGUUUUCUGUGGAGCUAUCCACUGCUGGACCAGAGAACGUCGUUCAGCUUCUUGUCAAGCAGCCUGGGAAUCUGGAUUUUGAAGAAAAACAGCAAAUGGUUCUUCAGGUGAUUGCUGUAGAUAAGGAGGAACCCACUUUCCAGUCCACUGCCACGGUUACAAUAAUCAUAAAGGACACCAACGACAACAGCCCCACGUUCCCGCAGGACACGUACAAGAUAAAUGUGGCUGAACACUCUCCUGUUGGGACAGAGGUGGCAACAGUCACGGCAGAUGAUCCUGACACAAUGGAUGCAGGCAAAAUCACCUACAGUCUUCUUCCAGAGAGCAUACUGCAGUACUUUGACGUUGAGAGUGACACGGGAAAAGUCUACGUGAAAAAUCAGACUAUCCUGGAUCGCGAGCUCAGAGCUCUGUAUUCAGCCACCUUGCAGGCCAGAGACACGGAUGGCAAGCCCGGCACCGCGGUGCUGGAGAUUACUUUGACGGACAUUAAUGACCAGCCACCAAUCAUCAACAGAGACGUGUACCGAGAGUUUGUCGUUGAGGGCGAGAAGCUUGAAUUCCUGAUUGAGGCUACGGACAGAGAUGAAGCUGGUACAGUAAACAGCCAGAUUGAAUUCAGCAUUAAACCGAGCGCACACAGCAGCAGCUUCAGCAUCGACCCAAACACCGGUGUGUUUACAAAUAACGGUGAACUGGAUCGGGAGGCACUGGAACCAGAAUUGAAUGGCAGGAUAAACCUCACCGUAAUAGCCACUGAUAAGGGAGCACCCGCGCUGUCAAGCUCCGUCUCGGUUAUUAUCAACGUGCAGGACAUCAAUGACAACGGCCCAACUUUCAAAGCAUCAACCUACAGUUUUUCUGUUAAAGAAGGAGAAAAGGGCGCAUCUGCGGGUUUCAUUUAUGCCGAGGAUCUGGACCAAAGCGCCGAAUUCAACCGCAUUUCUUUCAGCAUCAUCGAUGGGAGCUUUGGCAGCUUCAUUGUUCGAACCGCGGCAGAGGAGAAGGGUUACAGUGGCAACAUCAUGGUAGACCCGGACAUCGAGCUCGACUAUGAGACGGCACUCAAGACGUUCACGUUGCGGGUGGAAGCUGCAGAUCUGGAGCUGGAGAAAGCUUCGGCGGUGGUGGAGGUGAAUGUGUUGGAUGUGAACGACGAAAGACCAGAGUUCACGUCAGUCCGAGAUGUUUCUGUGGAGGAGAACGCCGCCACAGAUGUGCUUGUCGGGACGUUCGUAGCUCAGGACAAAGACACCAACCAUUCACUGGUGUAUGAGCUGGAAUCUGUCAAUUGCAAGUGCAGCGGCGAACUGGAACCCUGCAGCUGGUUCACCCUCGACCCGAAUGGGGAUGUUAGAGUCGGUCCAGCAGACCCUCUGGAUUAUGAAGAAUGUGACCAAGUUGUGGUAAAGGCUCAGGUGGUGGACUUGUUCACGGAAAAGGGAGAGAACAACAGCAUUACGCCAGGAGAAAUGGUGAUCAACAUUGAAGACAUUAAUGACAACAGUCCUGAAUUUAUUCACUCCGACUCUGUAUAUGCUGUGGUGUCAGAAAGUGCCAGCAAAGGAACAUCAGUUGCAGGAGUCACAGCUUCAGAUCGGGACUCUGGAGUGCACAGGGUGAUCAAAUUUAAAGUAGAAACAGUUCAAUUUGAGAACAAGCUCACAAACACUACCACCACUACCAGGGGCCUGUUUGAGGCCGUCACUACACAACAACAAAAUAUCUACGUUGGGAUUAUUCAAACUACAGAAGGUCUUGAUCUGACACUGAAAGGGAAAUAUUUGGUAACGGUAUCUGCAACGGAUACUGGCGGCCUUUCCUCCACCGCCGUCCUGGAGAUUUUCACCAUUGAUGAGGGCUUCCGAACUGAACUCCAGUUUAGAAUUACAGUGAGUGAGGUCGAACAGGCACUCAGUGAGAUCAGAAGGGAGCUCUCAGCAGCCACCGGCGCUGCAGUUGACAUCGUUUCAAUCAAAGACCAGCCUUCAACAUCCAGGAAUGCCGCACAGUCUUUUAUGGUGGCAUAUUUCAUCUUUUUGAAUGGAACAGCUCUUACUUCUUCAGAAGUAGAAAAGAAGCUUUCUGAUCAAAAUCAUUUUCCUCAGCUGUAUGCACUGGGCCUGAUAAAUAUUGGUAGCAUUCCCGUCACUGAAACAAAACCGAAUCCCGUGGUGUACGGUCUGCUGGGAAUGGUUGGCGGUCUCGUCAUUAUACUGGUUAUACUCACGACCUCGCUUUUGUGCACUCGCCGAAACUUCAGAAGGAAGCUGAAAGCAGCGAAUGCCAUGAAAUCUUCAACUAUGUUGAACUCUGACAACCAGAAAGGUGGCGCUGUCGUGCCUGGGACCAACAAGUACACCAUGGAAGGUGCCAACCCAGUGUUAAACCUGAACAUCUCCUCAGCCAUAGCCUUGGACUUGGAUUUAAAUGAAGAAAGCUCAGAUGCAGACAAAUCCAGCCUCAGUUCCCUGGAUCACAACUAUGACAUUGUUGGAAAUUAUGAAGAUGAUGAGAAGAAGGGUAUCAUGUGGGACAAAGACAUCGAUGACUCGUAUCAGUACAAUGAACCUCUGGGUGCAGCGCUCGCCCAGUUGGAUCACAAUAAGGAAAGAAGCACAGCCCAUAUUGACCUUGGGGUUAACAACCCGAUGUUUGACACAACAGAUCUGUAACAUUAAACAGAGUAACAGCGAUGGACAAAAUCAUCCAGAAAAAAUCCAAAUCAAACGCAGCUACUGCCUUCAAAAAGGCCUUUCAUAUGAAAACUGGAAUGUAAACUUAAGUAAGUCUGUAAGGAGUAAUAUAAAUACUCUUGUAAGCAACAGUUUUUACACAUAACUCGUGACUAUGUUUAAACAUUUUCUCAGUAAAAACAAAUAAAUAAAACCAUUAGGAUUGGAUUUUGAAUCAAUUCUGCUUUCCAGACAUUUUAAACGUAAGCCCUGGCAUUGAAUGUAAGAUCUGAGCAUAAAUGACAAAAACAUACAGUUUCUAGAUUGUUUAUUUGAUAAGGUUUUCAGUUUUCAGUUUUAAAGAUGUAAGUUGUAGAGUCUUGUUCAGAAAACACCAGAGAAAAACAAGGAAUAAAUAAAUAGGCAUUGGCAGUAUGUCAAACUCGUGGCAUGUAACGAUAAAAGCAAAAUCUCUUCCAAAAAGGCUGAUUCUGAUAAGCAAUUUGUACAGCAAAGCAUGCAAAACAUUUUUUUUCCCACACUGAAUCACUUUAACACACCAUGUUAAUUUUCCUUGCAGCUGAUGCUACAAAAUGAAUACAAUUGAAAAACAAGAAAAUACAAAAAUGCAAUGUCUGUGUAUGUUUGAAAUCCUUAUUUAUUAGUCAGUGGAAAUCUUUCUCUGAUUGUCAAUGUUUACCUUUGAGUUCGAUGGAUUCGCUCGCGGAAUGCUUUCUGCAAACUGCUAAUG